AAAAGGAAAGGGACUCUAGGUGCGUUUUUGUUGCCAAACGGAGCCUAAAUUUGGGAGACCCAAGGUCCUUUAGAAUGGAGUAGAAUUGAAGAAAGAUCAUCAGCAAGAGGCAAGAAAUCAAAUCAGAUCAGAAGAUGGACAGCAAAAACGUGGUGGUGUGCGACAAUGGAACAGGGUAUGUUAAGUGUGGUUUUGCCGGAGAGAAUUUCCCUACUUCAGUCUUUCCCUGUGUCGUUGGCAGGCCAAUGCUUCGAUACGAAGAAUCACUUAUGGAACAAGAGCUUCAAGACACUCUUGUUGGAGAAGCAUGUUUGAAAUGGCAGCAUCAGUUGGACAUUUCGUAUCCGGUCAACAAUGGUAUAGUGCAAAAUUGGGACGAUAUGGGGCAUGUAUGGGACCAUGUAUUUUAUAGUGAACUCAAGGUUGAUCCAGCAGAAUGCAAAAUCCUACUCACUGAUCCGCCUCUCAAUCCAUCCAAAAACCGCGAAAAAAUGGUUGAGACUAUGUUUGAGAAGUACAAUUUUGCUGGUGUCUUCAUACAAAUUCAGGCUGUUCUGACAUUAUAUGCUCAAGGUCUAUUAACUGGACUUGUCAUUGAUUCUGGUGAUGGUGUCACCCACGUGGUUCCUGUUGUUGAUGGGUACUCAUUUCCUCAUCUUACCAAAAGAAUGAAUGUUGCUGGAAGGCAUAUUACAUCUUAUCUUGUUGACUUGCUUCAGAGAAGAGGGUAUGCUAUGAAUAGAAGUGCUGAUUUUGAGACUGUUAGGGAUAUAAAGGAGAAGCUGUGCUACUUAAGUUAUGAUUACAAAAGGGAGUAUCAGUUAGGACUUGAGACCACUAUCCUUGUUAAGAACUAUACUCUCCCAGAUGGAAGAGUCAUUAAAGUUGGCACUGAAAGGUUUCAGGCCCCUGAGGCUCUUUUUACACCUGAACUAAUUGAUGUUGAAGGGGAUGGAAUGGCUGACAUGGUAUUUCGCUGCAUACAGGAAAUGGACAUCGACAAUCGGAUGAUGCUCUACCAACAUAUAGUGUUGAGCGGAGGGAGUACUAUGUAUCCUGGUUUACCUAGUCGCCUUGAGAAAGAAAUUCAAGAUCGGUAUCUUGAUGUUGUUUUGAAAGGGAACAAAGAUGGACUGAAGAAACUUCGCUUAAGGAUAGAGGAUCCACCACGGAGGAAGCAUAUGGUGUACCUUGGAGGUGCAGUUCUUGCCGGAAUUAUGAAGGAUGCCCCGGAAUUUUGGAUAAAUAGAGAGGACUAUUUGGAAGAAGGAGUUGCUUGUUUAAGCAAGUGUGGCCAGGCAUGAUGAUGUAUCAGAGGGGUUCAUUUUUCCUUCCGAGACCAUUAUUCUUUGCAGUAAGUGUGGGAAUGUAGCAAAUUUAAAUAGUAUUCUGGUAGUCUGCUUGGAUUGAUUGUGCAUUCUUAUAAUAUUCAGGCCAAGGUUUAAUAAGUUUACACUCGGUUGAAAGUUAUAUAGGUUAUUGCUUUUAUUUAAA